AUGAAAGCUGUUCCUCCUUUCACGAGACACCUUAGCAAUUUUUUUGCACAUGGCAUUAGGUAUGCCAGUACGAAUCGUGCACUUAAGAAGUUUUCUGUCUACCGUUAUAGUCCAGACAAGCCUGAGCAGAAACCAUACAUGCAGACCUUUGAAAUUGACACAAAUAAUUGCGGUCCGAUGGUGUUGGAUGCUUUAAUCAAGAUCAAAGCUCAGUGUGACCCGACACUUACCUUUCGUCGUUCCUGUCGUGAGGGUAUCUGUGGUUCCUGCGCCAUGAACAUCAACGGUCGAAAUCGUUUAGCCUGCAUUAAUCCAAUUUCCAAGGGCAGUAGUGUUACUAAAAUAUAUCCUCUUCCACACACGUUUGUUAUCAAAGACCUAGUAUCCGAUCUUACCAACUUUUACGCUCAGUUUCGUUGGAUUGAACCCUACUUGAAGAAGAAGGAUUUUACAGACGACCAAAUUGGCGAGAAAGUCUUCUUGCAGAGCCUUAAAGAUCGCGAGAAACUUGAUGGCUUGCAAGAAUGUAUUCUCUGCUUCUGUUGUUCUUCUGCUUGUCCCUCUUACUGGUGGAACUCGGAGAAAUAUCUCGGUCCGGCUGUGUUGCUGCACGCCUACCGAUGGUUGAUUGAUUCUCGUGAUGACUUUACUUUUGAGCGUCUACAGCAGAUGCAGAACGGUUGGUCAGCGUAUUGUUGUCAUACCAUUAUGAAUUGUACGGAGUCGUGCCCCAAGGGACUGAAUCCAGGCAAAGCCAUAGCUGAGAUUAAGAAAAUGCUUCUCUACUACAGCAGCUACAAAAACAAGAAACCCAUGAAUGAUCGAUUGGAAUCUCUUUUCGCAAAGAACAUGAACUCGAUUGUGGCUUUUUCGCCUCGCUUUGGGUGUCUCAUUGGACAGACCAUCAGGUAUGCUAGCACUGGCGCUGCAAUGAAGAAGUUCUCAAUAUACCGAUAUAAUCCUGAUAAGCCUGAUCAAAAACCCUAUAUGCAGACUUUUGAAAUCGACACAAGUGAUUGUGGUCCCAUGAUGCUUGAUGCCUUGAUUAAAAUUAAGUCCGAGUGCGAUCCGACUUUAACCUUUCGUCGCUCCUGUCGCGAGGGUAUCUGCGGUUCCUGUUCUAUGAAUAUUAAUGGCCGAAACCGUCUGGCGUGCCUUUGUGCUAUUCCAAAGGGUAACAAGGUCACUAAAGUCUACCCUCUCCCACACAUGUACGUCGUGAAGGACCUGGUGCCUGACAUGGCGAACUUCUACGCGCAAUACCGCUGGAUCGAACCUUAUCUGAAGAAGAAGGAAUUUACCGAUGAACAAGUUGGCGAGAAGGUUUUUAUGCAGUCGGUUAAGGAUCGCGAAAAGAUUGAUGGGUUGUAUGAGUGCAUUCUUUGCCUUUGCUGUUCCGCUUCAUGUCCCUCUUACUGGUGGAAUUCCGAUAAGUAUCUCGGUCCCGCCGUCUUGCAACAAGCCUACCGUUGGAUGAUUGACUCCCGAGACGACUAUACGUUUGAUCGUUUGGAACAGAUGCAGAAUAAGUGGUCCACGUAUCGUUGCCACACAAUCAUGAACUGUACCGAAACGUGUCCUAAGGGAUUGAAUCCCGGCAAGGCCAUUGGUGAGAUUAAGAAAAUGCUGAUCUACUAUAACACCUACAAGAACAAAAAACCCAUGAACGAACGUUUGGAGAAUUCGGUUCCCGCCUAG